ACAGCUGUCAUCAGGCGCGCGGCGGAGCGAGUGCACGCACAACAGAAGGAAAAUCAUCAAAUACGGAUGAUGUCGGGCGGCGGCGGCGGCUCCUCCUCCAUGCGGAUCCUCAUUAAAGGCGGUCGGGUGGUGAAUGAUGACGUCACGCAGGAGGCGGAUGUUUACCUGGAGAACGGGCGGAUCCAGCAGGUGGGGCGGGACCUGAUGAUCCCGGGCGGAGCAAAGGUGAUCGAUGCGACAGGAAAACUGGUGAUUCCCGGCGGCAUCGACAGCAGCGUUCACCUGCAGCAGACAUUCAUGAACGCACACACACAGGACGACUUCUACAGCGGCACCAAGGCGGCGCUGUUGGGUGGCUCCACGAUGCUGAUCUCUCAUGUUCUCCCGGAUCGCGGCGCGUCUCUGCUGGAGGCCUUUGAUCAGAUGCGCGCUCACGCGGACGCUAAAGCCUGCUGCGAUUACGCGCUGCACGUGGGCGUCACCUGGUGGGGGCCGAAGGUGGAGCGGGAGAUGGAGGUGCUGGUGGGCGACAGAGGUGUGAACUCCUUCCAGAUGUUUAUGGCGUACAAAGACACGAUGAUGCUGAAGGACUCUGAGCUUUAUCAGGCUCUGAACACCUGUAAAAACAUCGGCGCCGUCGCUCGAAUCCACGCAGAGAACGGAGAGCUGGUGCUGGAGGGGGCAAAGGAGGCUCUGGAUCUGGGCAUCAGUGGUCCUGAAGGCAUGGAGAUCAGUCGACCGGAGGAGCUGGAAGCAGAGGCCACACAUCGAGCCAUAACCAUCGGCAACAGGGCUCACUGUCCAGUGUAUUUAGUGAACGUGUCCAGCAUGUCUGCAGCUGAUGUCAUCGGUGCCGCCCGCAUGCAAGGUAAGGUGGUCCAGGCGGAGACCACCGUGGCUCAUGCAGUGCUCUCUGGGAUGCAUUAUUAUCAUCAGGAUUGGGCGCACGCUGCCGCUCAUGUCAUAGCUCCGCCCCUCCGGCUCGACCCCAACACCCCCGACCACCUGAUUGGCCUGCUGGGAAAUGACAUCAUCAAUGUGGCGGCAUCAGAUCAUCGCGCGUUCAGCACCAAGCAGAAGGCCAUGGGGAAAGAAGACUUCACGAAGAUCCCUCACGGGGCGCCCGGCGUCGAGGAUCGCAUGAGCGUCAUCUGGGAGAGAGGAGUGGUCAGUGGGAAGAUGGAUGAGAAUCGUUUUGUGGCCGUGACGAGCUCAAACGCUGCUAAAAUCUAUAACCUCUACCCACGCAAGGGGCGUAUAAUGCCAGGAGCUGAUGCGGAUGUGGUCGUGUGGGAUCCAGACGCCACACGGACGAUUUCAGUGAGCACUCAGGCUCAGGGUGGAGACUUCAACCUGUUUGAAGGCCAGCGGUGUCAUGGCGUCCCAUUGGUUACUAUCAGCCGCGGGCGUCUGGUGUGUGAAAACGGCGUCUUCAUGUGCGCUCAGGGCUCCGGAAAGUUCUACCCGAUGAGAGCCUUUCCAGAUUUCCUCUACAAGAAGCUGAUUCAGAGAGAAAAGACUCUGGCUGUGCGUGGUGUGGAUCGAGCUCCAUAUUCCGGCGACGUCGCCUCUGUUAUAAACUCCAUCAGGAAGGAAUCAGGCUCUCCAGAGGGUGACACUCCCAUGCGGACCACUGCAGCCGCCGCCGCCAGACACACCGGCAUACGAGACCUGCACGAGUCCAGCUUCAGCCUGUCAGGCGCUCAGGUGGACGACCACAUUCCCAAAAGGUCCUCGGCCCGAAUCCUGGCUCCUCCCGGCGGACGCUCCAGUGGAAUCUGGUGAAGAUCUGGAAUCUCAAUGGCGACUCCUGUAUGCCCCUGUGCUUGUGUGCUUGAAGAUCCUAAAUGUAAGAAGUGGAGAAAAUCACAAUCAGAGUCACAUCCAAAGUGCCAAAAAGCUGAAAACUGUGCCACAUUACAGAGAGAGAGAGAGGUAGCAGAGCAGGACACAUCUGAAAGGUAUUAUUAUUGCCAAAUAUUACAGUGUUAAUGUUGCCAACAUCACUUUUAAAGUGGACCUAUUAUGCCCCUUUUUAUAAGAUGUAAAAUAACUCUGAUGUCCCUAGACUAGAGUGGUUGUGUGUAUCAGUUUGAGCUCAAAAUACCACACUAAUAAUGUUUUAUAACUCUUUAAAACUGACACUUUCAGUCUUUGAUCCAAAUUGAGCUGUUUUGGUGACUGUCACUUUAAAUUUAAAUGAGAUUGUGCUCUUUUCAAAAGAGGGCGGAGCUAUAAUUAUCACCAUAGUGACAGAAUCAAAACAAACUAACGUUAUCAGUGGGAAAAUGUGAAAAGAAACUCUAAUGGACAGACGGCUGCUUCUCACUCAGGGCUGUUUAUGCUAAUGAGAGGGAGACGGUCACUAGUGGGCGGGGCUUUCCCCCUCUGAUGACACUUACACAGAGAGAAUAUUAAUCAAAGUGUUUCAUCAAGUCUGAUUAUAUAAUAUAGAGUUAAUUCAUGUUUACUAUUAGAGGCUGGAUAUAUUCACACACAGCUGGGUUUUAACCCCUUAUAAGAGUGAUUUUUGCAUAAUAGGUCCCCUUUAAACUUCUGUGUUACUUUAAUAGUAAAAUAAAAAUGUGUCCAAGUGUUCUUCAGAUGUUUAUUGGGUCAGUCGGGCUGCUCUUCUCCAGAUCACUGUUAAUAAUGUUUGCCAAAAGAGAAAUGAAGGGAUUAAAACAAGUAUUAUCCGAGUGAUUUAAUUAAUGUUUAGUUUUUGAGCCAGUCAUAUAUUUUAUCUAAAUCCUCACACACUGAUGUUAGUGAUUGUGUUUAUGGUGAUGAAGCCCUUAUAUGAAAAUAGUGUCUGUGACAGAUUUAUCUAUUUUGCACACACACACACAAAUAUAUAUAUGUAUAUGGUUUGUUGUUUGUCUUGAUUGUAUAGUAAUGAACUAUCUAAAGUUAUUUAUUUUAUUAAUGUUGAUCUGGGUUAUUCCAACACUAACAUAUUCCACUUACAAAUGAAUUAUUGGUAAACUGCAAUAUAUUCAAUAGGCAUUUCCAUUAAGUUUUAAGAGGAGUAUUUCAGAAUAUUCUGAAUAUAACGUAUAAAUAACAUUCUGAGAACAUUAUUAAGGAUCAGAGGUAACUUUGAGAAAGUCUUCUAUUAACGUUAUUAGAAGAAUGUUUGUUCAUAACGUUGAAACAACCGUGUUAGAACAUUCCCUGUUCAAUCAGCAGAGCUUUAGAGUCUAUUGAGCUGCACAUGUUCACUGAAACUCAGAUUUACACUCCUCUAUUUGAGUCUCGUUUCUGUUCAGUAUUAUUAAUAAAUUGUGUGUUAUUGUUCCUGUUUUGUGUCCUGAUCCAAGCAUGAGCUCCUCCAGUAGGGCUGGUUUUAUUGGUGCUGUUUUUUAAAUGAGCAGUUGUUCAUUGCCGGUCUUGAUUUGUAUGGUUUUGGUGUUUUUCAGGAGGAAAAAAAAAGGUUUGUAAUUUUGUGUUGUUUGACCUGUUGUUGGAAGUCAGUCCUGAAAGUGAAGGCUUGUUUUAUCAAGUGCAAAAAUAAUAAAAAUAA